AUGCAGAUGCAGUCAAACGAUCGACAGUUUCGUCAACAGCACGUACAAAUUCAAGAUAUCCUUGCCGAAUCCGCCGAGGCAAGCACCAUGACCAAGGGAGAAUCAGCGUGGAAUACACAAGUUCAAUACACCAUUCUUAAACUGGCUCUCUCCCCCAUUGCUUCAACAAGGGCAGAUACCGUUACCAACGCACAAAUUAUCAAAGACUUUCGGCCCAAGUCUCAAGAGAAAGGCUGGUCAUCAGCAUCAUCAAGUGCAGCGUCAAGUCAGUCGAGUUUUCUCAGCGAUGACACAGGGACGUGGCCAGAGCCUGAGUCAUCAUCAGUCCAUAAAAUGGUCGAUUUUGCACUUGUUCUCAUACCUGAUGACACGCUGGAAGAGAAGAUCAAGGGGUUUCUUAAGAAGCAACGAUACUUUACUAUCAGCCACACGAUGUAUGAUGCUUUGUCUCAACACCCUACACCCGUGUUCAUCGAGACCAAGACAUCAGCUGGGGUGGAUCUUAUUGCUGUCCCUAUCAUGCAGGUCCAUGGUAAUGUUUGGACCGUGAGUUUUGCUGUAGUUAAUAAGAAUAAGAUUUUACUUCUAGACCAGUCGGGAUAUAUCAGCUUGCUAUUUUGA